AUGACUCUAUCUGCCUUCACCAUCACCCUCGUUGCCGCCCUCUCCGGCGCCGCUACCGCGGUCGUGUGCACUCCAAGCCAGACAUAUUGUGGCUCUCAUCUCCUCAAAGUCGAUGCAAACAACCAGAAAGACAUUGAAAAAGCUCUGGCUGCUGGGAAACAACCUGUCGACGACGCGCAUGUGACGGGCUCCGUCUUUUGGUGUGUCCCACCCGGCGUCCCUGCCGGCCAGUCUGGACUUCUUUUGGUCACGUACUGCGGUCCCAACAUCAGUGGACCUAUUGUCAUCUGCAAAGAAGGCGGGGCACUGGGUGGCGUCGGUGAUGCGUGUGCUGCCGUCUCAAACAGCUUCAAUUCGGCCAAGUUCCGCCAGUAG